ACCAUUGAUGGCAGACCUAGAUAUAUAGCAUUCAAAUCAGUGAAGCUAAAAUCAAUAAUAACAUAAUGUAUUAUGGCAGCGACCACAUCACAGCAAGUAUAUUUCUAACAUUUCGGCAGAAGAGGUGGCUAAAAAAACAUAGACAGGUAGGCAUCCCAAACAACAGAUUCCACCGACAUUUGCCCAGUAUGCCUAUGCCUGAAGUCACGACCACUGAAGAUUGAGAGAUAGACUGGGGAGGUCUUUGCCCGCCCUACCUGCCAAGUUGACUGUAUUUGUCCACGAGAUGGUUUGAAGGAUCUGGUGGACUUCGAAGCAGGGAUGGAGGAGGUUGCCAUACUUGAGCAAGGAAAGGGGGCUGGAGUUGCAUAUCAUCACGGAAUUUCGGACACAGCAGCUCAGGAUGUAGGAAUGACACCUAGCCUAGCGAGCAGUGGCGACCAAAACGAAACAGGGGCCAAGUGUGAUGAUACGGGGUUGGAUGUAACAGUUACAUGUAAAUCUUGUCACCGGAGAAAGAAGGAGGUCCAAGCAGUCAACCUCUGCCUAGAAUGCGGACAACUUCACAUUUGUGACAGAUGUACGGAUGUUCACGCACGAAAUAAGGCAACUCGAAACCAUGUAGUGGUUCCCUUAAGACCCGGGAAAAUUGAAUGGAACGCCAUGUGCAAAACACAUGACUCGUUGUUGAACAUUUAUUGCCAUGACUGUAACAAGUCUGUUUGUUUGGUGUGUGUGAUGAGGGAACAUGGAGAACACACUGUGGAAGAACUGGAGGACUUUGUUGAUGCAAAAGUUAAAGCAUUGAAGCGCGUUUUGGAGGAAAGGGCAAAUAGGCUGAAAGAACUACAGUGUCUGAAAUAUGAGUUGGCGGCAUUGAUGGGCGAGGUUCCUAUAUUAGACCAGCAGGAUUCCUUGAUCCAGGAAAUAGAGGAUCAUGCAGAAAAGUGUAUUCAACAGGUUGUGAAAUGGAAGGAAGAUUUGAAAAUGCAGGUCAAAGCUGACUAUAAAGUGAUACGGGAUAUUCCAGAGGAUUUGGAGAAAGUGCAAGUAGCUGUGGAACGGUUUGAGACAUCUGUUGUGAGAGCAGCAGCAUUGCUUGGCAAGACAGAGCACGACCUAGGGUAUCUUGCUAAGCUAGUGUCGCUGCAGCAGGACUUGGAUGCAGUCGGAGACGUUGGGAGUGACGUCAAAGGUACAGAGCACUGGAAGAAACUUCGCGAAUUUCAUGACUUUGAUCACUGCUUUGUUCCAGGAGAAAUGCCAGCCACUUUCGGGAUGAUAGACAAAGUAGACGCAAUUCCUAACCCAGAAGCCGACAGAAAACCAUUCAUUGCCAAGGAAAUCUUCCAACACACAAUGCAAACAGACUCAACUGACAAGUUCAUUCCCUGUGUUGCAAACCUUGGUAAACAUUUUGCAGUCGCCCACCCUACCAGAUGGUGGGAACCAUCAGGGGCAAUUGACAUCUACGAACUUCCUGGUACCCUGAAACGCACACUUAAAGACCAUGUGUCACCCUUGUAUGACAUGUCCAGUACCCCUGAUGGUAAACUAGCUGUGCUCUCUGAUGGAACAGGAAGUGAUAGAUGCAGUGUAAAGUUGUUCGAGUCCGAGGCAGGUUACGUCACCUCCACUUGUGACAUCGACAUCACCACUCCGUUCUCUCUGGGUGUGACCCUAAAACACCAGUACGUGAUCUUAGGUGACAAUGACCAGGGGGAGCGACAGAUAACAGUUGCUGACAAGGAGGGGGUUGUGGAAAGCAGAUGUUUGAUCGGUAAAAUUUACUGGAAUCCCAGGAUAACAUGCGGACGAGAUUUCAUCUUCGUAGGGGAUUACGCGUACGGAUAUCUUCAAAUCUACCAAAUUCAAAACAACGUCUUACAGAUGGUUUCCAAUGAUUUUGGAUAUUGCACAGAUCUCUCUGCAACAGUGUGGGAUGAUUACUACAUUUUCAGAGUUUCCGCACUAUCAAAUCUGCUUCAUCUGUACAAAUAUAGCAAGAGGGGGAACAAAAUGGAAUGGAUCUACGUAGGGAAGAGAUUUUGUUUUAAGGGAUUGUCCGGGGCCGAUUGGGAAGCCAGCCUCUCGGCAAGAGAUGACCACAUGGUGGCUACAUAUGGUUGCACGAUCAGGGUACUCAAACUAAAAUAAUAGCGACUUUUUCAAACAUGAACAUUCAUCUAUGUAUACGGAAUGGAGGGGUAUUACGGCGUAUAUUCAAUCAUAUUCUUAUAUCAUAUUUUUAACGCUUUUGAAGAUCAAUUCAUCCGUGAGAAAGUGACAAGAAUUUGGUGCAAUGGCGGGUGUCUUGGGAGUAAUUGGUGUUGCCUCAGUGGGAUGAAACGGACAAAAUCAACGACUCACCGAAAAUAUUUUGUAAACAAUGUGUCGUCUGCCUUCAUGCGAUUCACCAAGUCAUUCCAAUCGGACGGAAGAAGACUCUUGAGGUUAUAUGCGUCCUUAGCGGUGUACUCCAACUUCCAUUUAGGAACGCCACUCAAAUUGGCUUCAGUCAGAUUCAUGACAUACGUCUCAUGGUCUAAGACCAUCUGUAAGGAAUGAUUUAGACGGAAAAUAUUGAUAGCAUAUGUGAAGAAACCACCUUAUUUAUCCUAUACUGUAGAACAGCAAAUUUUCACAGCAUAAAAUUUUCGCGAAUACCAAACGAUGGACAUAUUCGAAGCAGAAAAUUUUCAGACUUUUCAUGACGAGCCAAAUGCCACUUAUGUUCCUAUUACUCAAAAACUGUAUCUCUUAACAGAACAGAGCUGUUGGCCAUUAAAAUUGUAAAAAGGAAAAAAUUCAGACGUUUCCCCCCAAAAAUCUGGGCAACAGGAGGUCGACAUUGAAAAAAAUCUGGGCGCAAAAGGGUGAAGAAAGUCCUCACCCUCGUAAUUCAACGAUCUAUACUGAGGAAUGACUUGUCCAGAUCGACGCGUUUAAAAAAUACUCACUCUUGUGGUUUCCUUGUGGUCGCCAUCUAGUGUAUGAAUACGGAACCCAGGAUUCAGGUCGGGGUAUGACGUCACACUCGGGCCGACGUACGCGAUACUUGUUGGCCGUGUUACGUUCUUUUCAUCGAAGAACAGCUCGAAACUAUCGGUGUGGGUGUGUCCGAAGAAUUGUGCAACAAUGGUACUCUCAUAUCUGUAGGAAAGAAAAACGACACUGUGACAUCAGAAAAAUUCUGCGAGCGUUUAAUUUUCUGGCGCAUAAUCUCGAUUUGAGAAAAUGAAAAUCGUGAAAUUUCGAUUUGGAUUGGAAAAAUUGAACGAAAUUUUGUAAUCGGGCAAAAGAAAAAUUGUGAAAUCUUUUUUCAGAAAUUUUUUUGAAUUUCCAAAAUAAAAGAAUAAAAUUCUUCUGUACUUCAUUUUCAAGCA